ACAACACAGACAGGACCAUGGGGGGGCUCUCCGGCACCAAUCCCUGCCCCCCAUGGGGCACUGCCUGGAUGGGCCGAAUCCUGGCAGUCUCUGUCCUGUUCUCCAGCCUCCUGCCGGCCAGGGCCAGUGUCACCCUGAUGCCGGUGCCCCCCCAGCCCCGUGUGGGGCAGGCCGUGACCCUGGCCGUGCAGGGGAUGCAGGGACCUGCCCAGCUCUGCGCCUGGUACCGAGGACUCACCACAGCGCGGUCCCAGCGGAUCCUGAUCUUUGUGCCCCCGUGGGAGCUGCACCGGGGUCCGGCCUUCACUGGGCGGGAGACGCCUGCCAACGACUGCUCCCUGCGCAUCAUAGGGGUGACCCCCCAGGACAGCGGGGACUACACCCUCGUCUUCCAGGCCGGCGGGCGCUACGCCGAGACCUUCGGGCGCCUGCAGGUCUCUGGUAAGAGCAACGGGGGCGCCGUGGAGGUUGACCGAAUGGGGCCGGGAUUCACCCCCAACUAG